AUGACUGCCUAUACAGAGGCAAAUAUCUACAACGCCGAAGAAAGUGGAUUCAAAAAGGAGAUGGCUGUUGGCCGCACUCUUGCAACUAGAUGUUCUACAGAUAUUGUACGAGGCCUUGAUGCCGUACCUGGCUGGCUUUGUCAGGAGGUAUUAAAUGAAUAUGCGUCGGCCACGGAACCUCUCCAGUUUCUCAUCGAUCGUAAUGUUGCUAGUGAAGAUGUAACUGUCCUGAUAGUUCCUCUUGAACUGGUAGAAGACUUCACGGAUUGGACAGAGCUUAUACUGUUCCCUCCGAGUCUGUUGGGUGCACCUCCAGGACAGACUGACUCAAGAGUUGUGAACGGCACAGAGGCUGGAGAUAAUGAAUUUCCUUUCAUGGCUCAAUAUGUUCGUUACGGUGUACCAGAAUGCAGCGCUACAAUCAUCAACGAAUACUGGGUGAUGACUGCUGGUCACUGUGUGGAUGGGAAGGAGAUCCGCGUGUCCGACGUCCGAGCCGGUACCAACAGUGUGCGAAAUGAUACUGGUGUACUCAUCCACGUCAGCGAAUUCGUCUUCCACGAAAAUUACCAUUACGACUACAUAAACGACGUAGCUCUGAUUAAGCUGGUGCAGCCUCUCACUUUGGGUCCCAGAAUACAGCCAGUGCCUCUACCGGAACAGGGACAGCAGACAGCCGGCGGGACCAUAGCCACCGUGGUCGGAUGGGGAGCUACAGAGUCUGAAUCUUCAGCUGAAACACUGCGGAAGGCUGACAUCCCGGUGUGGUAUGACGAGGACUGCCAGGAGGCGUACGCAGGCUACGAGUACCAGGUCCUGGAGGAGGACAUCUGCGCCGGCAUGCCCGAAGGAGGCAGGGGAGAAUGUAGUGGGGAUGGAGGUGGACCGCUGUUAGUGAACGGCACUCAGAUCGGUAUAGUAUCGUGGUCCAGGAAGCCUUGCGUUACAGAGGGAUCUCCUGGGGUCUACGUCGAAGUUUCGUACUACAUAGACUGGAUCAAAGAGACGACUGGCAGAUCUUAA